AUGGAAACACUGGGAAUGACCGACCCUUCUAAAUUUACGGACAUUGUCGAACAUUAUCAAGUUGGCAAACUGUCAACAACCGGUACUUGCACGGUAUUGGCCAUUCGGACAGCCACUGCUUUGGACUAUGCAAACCGCGGCGUUUACAACUUUCUAAUGUAUGAUGUGGGAGGCCACAAAGUCUGUAGGUGCCUGAGCACUUACAUUAUCAUUGGCUCGAGCAGUCGUGAUGGUGCCGUGAUCAAGGCACCGGGGGAUGAGUGGACCUAUAAAAGCAGAAAGUUUGUAUGGCAGUUCACGAAUAAAUCCGGCCACCGGUUCAGCAAAGGGUUUAUGAAAUGGUUCCUUGAAGGGGACGAUAAAGGUGCGGAUAGUGGGCUUUUCUCACGGUAUCUCUUCAUGGCAGCGGACUUGAAGACCAGGGAAGAUAACGAUAAGGAGAAGAUCUGGCGAAUUGUAUGGCGAGAGUGCCUUCCUGAUUAUCAGGACAAGGUUGGAACCGCGGCCACCAACAACCACUGUCGCCAACAGAUGCGUAUAUUUGUUGGGAAAUUUGGGUCCCGUAGACAAUGGAGACAUGAUAAAUGCGGCCGUGUUCACCAUCGGAUCUGGGACGCUCUGGUGGAACAGUAUGGCUAUCCGGUUCUGGAAAGGGGUUAG